ACCUCGAAAAAUUUAACCGAACAAUAAAAAGUAAGAACAAGUGUCGUCGAAGAUUUGUGUGUAAAAGUUUGGAGAAAAUGAAAGGUAUCAUUACCAUUUUGCUCAUCUUCUCCAUUGACGCUUAUACGCAUGGCGCUCCUUUCGAUGAAUCGGCGGAAUGGGUGUCCGCGAUUGGAAAACUCGGAAGAGAACAAAAUUCGAAGGAGAGGAAUCCAUUCGUUUGGAUGCAGAAUUCUGAGCGGAAAAGAAAUGGAUCGAACGUGGAAUAUCUACAAUGGUUCGUGAAAAAUUGGAAAGAUAACGGCGAGAAGAAUAGAAAGAAAGAUAGGGAGAAAGUUUCUUUAAACUUAUCACGGUUAAAAAACAAGUCUGAUUCUUUCGAUAUCAGUUCCGAUUCCGAACAAACAAAAUUGAGAAUUUUAUCUGGUCAGAAGAAAUGGAAUUCCGUGGGGAAAAAUUCGAAUGAAGAGCAAGAAGAGAAAGAAGAAGAGGAAGAAUCUAUAGAGAAAAUGUCUGACGAGUUAAGUAUUCGUAAAAAAAGAUAUUCCGGCGAAAAAGAUUCUCGUGAAAGAAAUUCUGAUAAAAAUGAUCAUCGUGAAAAUAAUAAUUUUUCCGAAUCUUGGAAUAUGACGGAUGAAACUGAUUCGAGUUCGUUUGAAAGAUCAAAUAAAUAUUUUGAUUCGAGAAAAAAAAAAAGGAAACGCGAUUCAGAGGAAUACGAUAGUCGCAAAAGUUCGAGUUCUGGUUCCAGUUCGUGGGAGUUUGAUAGCGAUGAGGAAAAAUUCAAUGAUUAUUUAAAAGAUUUGUUAAAGGAAAACCAACAUUAUGAGGAAAUAACCGAAAUGUUGAAAAAUUACAAAACAAAUGUUUAUUACGAGAGAUUGUACGAAUGGAAUAAAGUCAAGUAUCUGGAAUGGAGGAAAAAUAUAAAAUUGAAGAAUAAAAUAUUGGACGAAAAGGAAAAUUUAAGUAUGGAGAUAUUAAGGAAAAUUUGUAAUGUAUCAACCAACAUUAAACGUAAAGAACAAGAAAAUCGAUUAAAAGACUGCGUAGGAUCUUACAUAUCUACGAAGGAUAAAUUUAAAUUUACAACGGAUUUAUCAUUGGUCCAUUUUCAAGAUACGAAUAUUAAAACAGAUGGUGAAAAAUCGCAUCCUAACAGAAGUUCCGAUAAUGGACAUAUACAUAUCGAAGGAAUGAAAAAUUCUUCGACAAACGAAGAAAAAUCUUUCGAUAAUGGAAACAGAGGUGCAACUAUUGACGAUGAACAAAAAGAAAAAAAAGAACAACAACAAGAAACAAAGUCUAGUUCGCGAAAAGAUGAGAUAGAUAAUGAUGAGAAGCCAACUGAUCGAAAUCUUGAUAAUUUAACACAAUUAAUAUGGUCUUCACGGAUUGGGACAGAAGAAAGAACAGUAACAACGAAAGAUGAAAACUUGACAAAUUUUGAGAACGAUACGAAUAGAUCGGAAGAAUCAAAUGUAAUUUGGAGUACAAUUCCUCAUAAAUAUUUACAAACUGAAUCUUCUGAAGCAUCGAAAAAUCGAUCGACGAUUUUCGAAGAAUCGAAUUCGAAUGUUAGAGAUAAUGAUCGAAACAACGAUUUGAAUAAGAAUACAAUACCGAGCAAUAAUGGAAAUGAAUAUAUACGACAAUUCGACAAUACCGAAUCAAAUGGAUCAGAGGAUUUAAAUAUUAAUGAAUCCACAGUGAUUUCAGCAAAUCAACAAACAAUUUCCCGAUCAACUUCACGAAUCGAAGCUUCUACGAUAUGGGCGAAAGAUGGAUUAACUACAAUAUCGAGUAUCAAAUUCGAAACAAUUGAUAAUAACGAUAAUUUUACUACAUCUAGCGACAUUAACUUUACAAUUGCAACAAGCAACGAUAUAAAUAAUAAUGAAUCGUUCAAUAGCUAUAAUAACGUACAGCCAAAUACUAGUUCCGAUAAGUCUAACGAAUUAAGAAAUAAAGAAACGAUAGAAGCAUCGAGUAGGAUACCAGAUACAUCAUCGUUAUCGUCUGUAUAUCAAAUAGAAAAUUCUCAAGUAGCAACUUCAAUGAUAUCUACAGAUACGAAUAACGAGCAAACAGCAACUUCUACUUCGCAAACCAUAAAUUCUAGCGAUUUUAGAGAUAAAGAUCAGAUGAUGGAAACGUGGAAUCAAAAAUCGGGAACAAAUUAUGUCGAUAAUGUUUCGAUUACAGCGAAUAUUAAUAUUGAAAUCAAUACUGUUCGGACUGAAAAUGAAACGAAUACUCUUGAUUCGAGUGUAGCAAAUACUCAAACAGCUUCAAAUUCGACGGUAGAAAAAGUACUAUCGAUUGAAACCUUAAGUCCCGAAUCAGAAAUAAUAUUUAUCGAUAUAUCGAGUAAUAAUGAAAAAGCUGAUACGGAUAAAGUAAGCGGUAUUUUGGAAAAUAAAUCAACUACCGAUGCUAAUGGAUGGACAAAUCCAGGUAACAGCGAAUCAUCGACUGCAAGAGAAAACGAAGAAACGACGAUAAAUUAUCAAAUUGAUGAUUCGAUUGUGACAAGAAAAAAAGAAGAAGCUGAAGUGUCAAACGAUUGGCAAACGAUUUUUCGUGGCAAUAACAGCAACGAACAGAAUGUUAGCGUAAUUACAAUCGAAUCGAAUAAAACUUUGAUACAAGAUGAUAAUUUAAUUAUUACCGAUAUUAAUGAACAAACAGAUUCAAUUGUUGAAACGAUAAGUGAUAAUGAAUCUACUACGAAAGAUGCACAAAUAAUAUUAUCUUUCUCCCAAACUGAAAAGUUUGAUAUAUUCAAAACGGAACGAUCGAUCGAUGAUCAAUCUAAAACUACCGAUUUUCUCAACGUCACGAAUAAUGGAAACAAUGAAACUGAUGAGAAUUCUACCAGUAUUGACGAAUCAACGAUCGAAAAAGAAGAAAUAACGACACUUUCUUCGGAAAAUUUUAUUGCUACCGAAAUAACGAUGACUCAAACAAUAUCUUCGCAAUUACCAGAAAUAAUUAUCGGAACUGGUGACGAUAUAUUUGAAAAUAGAACUGAAAAUGAGAAUAUUGAUAAAAUUACAACUUUGGAAAAUUUACAAACAACAUCGUUUUCUAUGCAAACUGAAAAAUCUAAUACAGGUGAAACGAAAGGAAGAUUAUCUAUCCAAACGGGAACAGAUUCAACCGCUUUCACAAAUGAAAUAGAGGAAAUAGAAGCAUUUUCUUCGAAUAGUAAAAAUUUUAGCGUUACGGAAGCAGAAUUGACAACUGUAAAAUUAUCUUCAAAGUUAGAAAAUGAAUUCGUAACUUUAGAAAAUAUAGAAACAACAUCGUCUUUUCUUCAGACGCUUUCGAAUAGAUCUGAAGCAAACGAACCGAUCGAAGCAUCGAGUACUCGGACUGAAAUGAUUCUUGUUGAUAACAGCACUAUUGUAUCGAUUAAUGUAAACGAUAGAACAAACAAAGCGAAUAAUAAUUUGAAAGAUAAUGAAAAAUCAACUAGUAGUGUUGAUAAAACAGAUUCAAAUAAAUUUACAACUUUGAAAGAUAUCGAAUCUGAUUAUUCGUCCAAUGAAUAUGAUAAUACUACAGAAGCGAAAGCUCAAACUGUAAAACUAGAAAUAAUCGUUUCUGAUAUCAAUGGCACUAAAAUGGAUAAUUUCAUAAUCAUUGAUAGUAGCAAUAUUUUGGAUCUUUUCAAUGUACCAACUGGCAACGUGAAAAUAAAUUCCAAUGUUAAAGAGCCAAAUACACCAAUAACGGAUACUCAAAUAUAUAAUACAGUGAUUUCAAAAGCAGUUACAUCAGCUGAAUUAAUUAUAAAUUCAAAUCCCGAACCUCUUGUAAAUGAAAUGCCUAUUAAGCGAGGAAAAUUAUCGGUAAAGAAAGUCGAUAUUAAUUAAAAUUAUAAACUAAUAUAUUACGUUACAUUAUGAUAUGUAAAUUGUAUUUUAAUUACUUUUAAUGCUUUUUCGCAAUGAUAAAUAUCUAUAUAUACAGUAAUUAUACAAAAGUAUUGUUAAUUUUACGACUAAAACUAUUUUAUUAUUAUUAAGAAUAAUAAUGGAGGAUAAAUAAUUAAAACAAUUAAAAUUAAUGUAUCUUUCUUGUCGCGUAACAUAAAUGUUAUUAUCGGUUUAAAUUACUUUGUUGCUAUAUUGUUUCGUGAAAAAAAAAUGUAUGAUUAUUAAAAUAAUACAAUAAACAAAGCAAGAUAGAGAGAUAUUGGUAUUAUCACGAAGCUAGUUGUUGUGAUGAUCGUAACGGAUCGGUGGCGUAACGAGUGUACAUUGUUCACCAACGCUGAUCCGGUGGGUAAGAUUCGUGACGGCAUGGCAGUCAUCCUGAAGCGAUCGGUCGGUACAGUGUCCGUGACACGUUCUAUAUCGGUCAGUGAUAUCUCGACCUGUCCUCGAGCGGGUCAAAGUGCGCAUUUACGACUCUCGAAUAAAGGCAACCAGUCGUGUCGACAA